UUCCAGCGCUCUGAUCAUUCUCUUCAGAUGAAGCAACCGCUAACGCACCUGCAUGUUGGUGUUUUGCAGAUAAACGAUGCUACCCUUGAUAAUGCUAGGCUGAUGCUGCAGAUCGAUAAUGCCAAGCUGGCAGCAGAGGACUUCAGAAUGAAGUAUGAGAACGAGAUGGCACUGCACCAGUCGGUUGAGUCAGACAUUGCCGGGCUGCGCAGAGUUCUGGAUGAGUUGACCAUGACUCGGUCCGACCUGGAGAUGCAGGUGGAGGGCUUAAAGGAGGAGCUGAUCUUUAUGAAGAAGAACCACGAGGAGGAAAUUGCAGCCCUGCGCAGCCAUGUCUCCACCAGCUCUGUGAACGUGGAGGUUGAUGCCAAGCGAGGUGAGGACCUGUCUGUUGUCCUUGAAGAGAUGCGGAGUGAGUAUGAGGGAAUUGUCGAGAAAAACCGCCGUGAGAUGGAAGCGUGGUACAAAGUCAAGUUUGAAGAGCUGAACAAGACCAUGGCAUCCAGUACAGAGACUCUCCAGACAUCCAAAAGCGAGAUCAACGAGCUAAAGAGGAAGCUGCAGAGUUUGCAGAUUGAGCUUCAGUCUGAAUACAGCCUGAAAGCUGCCCUGGAAGGUCAGCUGUAUGAGACAGAGUCACGUUUCAGCCAGCAGCUGAGCGACCACCAGCGCAUAGUGAACAGCCUGGAGGAAGAGCUCAGUAGAAUGAGAACGGACAUUGAGCGGCAGUCCUCAGAAUACCAGAUUCUGCUGGACAUUAAAACCAGGCUGGAGCUGGAGAUCGCCGAGUACAGAAGACUGCUGGAUGGAGAGGACGUGAAGAAAACUGCAAUUGUGGAGGUGAGGGAGGUUAAGAAAGAAGUGAAGGUGGAAGAACAUAAACCAGUCAUCACCAAGAGGACAAAGAUUGUGGUUGAGGAGCUUGUGGAUGGAAAGGUUGUGUCCCGUACUGAAGAUGUGGACUUGGCGGUCGUCAGCGAGUAAACUGAGCCUAAAAAAAAACAAACAAAAAAA